AUGUGCAAAGGAGUACAAGAGAGUGGCCUCUGCCGGUCACCAAGUCUCAUUCCUUCAGGCGGGUCGGUUUGCUGUGAACUGUGCAACUCAAGGGCUUCACUGUAUUGCCUAGCAGACGAUGCAUUUUUGUGCAGGAAAUGUGACCGAUGGGUUCAUGGGGCUAAUUUCUUAGCACUCAGGCAUGCCAGGUGGUUGUUGUGCAACACAUGCCAGAAUCUUACGCGAAGAUACGUCGUCGGGAUUGCAGUUAAGGUGAUGCUUCCGACCAUUCUUAGUCGGAGAUUCAAUGCAGUCUCUGAGGUAUUGAAGAGGGAAUACCGAAUUUUGGGUAAUGUGAAGUCAUCUUUUCGUAAGUGCCUUGAGAACAAGGAUACUGAGAUAAUGCUUCCAAAGGUUUAG